GCCUCAGCCUCUGGACUCACCUCUUCCCAACCCACCCGGCUUCCUCUGGCGAGUUACCUGACUUCGAGGAUGAUGCAGGGGCAGACAUGGGCUGGUGCCCAUGUUCCCCAUGGCCAGGGAGCCGCGGGGUAUCCUGCCUGCAGCACUCUGAAGAUGUCGUCCCAUUGUUUCCAUCUGUCAUUGCCUUUAAGGAAUCUGCUGUCAACCUACUUGUCUUUCCAUUGAUGCAAGUUUCUUCAAUCUGAAGAUCUAUGACUUUCUUCAGGGACACAUAAAUAAAAAAAGUUAAUGUUGCACAACCAUAAAAUUGGCAAAAAUAAAAACAAUUAUCAAGUAUUGGAAAAGAUGUGAGAAAAAUUAUCAUAAGCCAUUGAGAGAUGUAAUAAAGUAUUACAACACUUUGGGGUGCAGUCUGGGGAUACUAGCAAGGAAGAAUAUUAUAUAAUCUAUAGUCAAGCAAUUACAGUUUUAGAAAUCAGCCUAGAGAAAAUGUGUAGAGAAAGGAAAUAUACAUAAAUUUGAUCAAUGACUCAUUAUUUGAAAUUGGAAGAGAAAGAGAGAGAGUUAACCAAAAUAUCUACAAACAGAAGAACAAAUGAAUUUGUUGUGGUAAAGUCACAAAAUCCUAAACAGCAGUUGAAAUCAAUGAAUUACAUAUACUCAUAUUAAAUAGAUAAAUUUGAAAAAGAAAUGAAGACUAUAAAUAGCAAAUGGAAAGUGCAAAAUGAUAUAUAAAUGUUAACAACCUUCAGUACAAUAUCGCAUAUUGCCCAGUAAGCAGAGGAUGCAAGGUUUCACCCUUCCUCUAUGUUGAAGUAGGAUAAAAAUGAUGAGAAAAUAAAAGAAUAUCCCAAAAUGUAUCAUCUUGGAAAUAAAAAGAUCACAGGAAUGAUUCCUGGUUCAAGUAAUAACCAAAACUAAAAUGAAAGGGUUAACAAUAUUAGCCAAAACCAUAUUUAGAGAAAUAAGUGGGAAACUGACGAAAGGCCUGGGGUGUCUCCACAGAGACGUUACAAACGCAUUUUGGAUCUAUUUUGGAUCUGGGCUAUGACUAGCUUGUGAUGGUUUCUGACCUGCGGGGACAAAGAAGGAGCUAGAGCAAAGCGCUGCCCCAAACUGUCCCUUAGUGGCAGGCAGGAAGCAGAAGAAGACUAUAGAAUGUUGUAGACUGAGGAUGGAUGUAAAAACAAGCAGGAUGAGGGUAGAGGAAACUCAGGACUAGGACAGUGAAGAGCAGGAGGAGCAGUCUUGUGCUGAGAGCUGGUGUGGCCACGUGCAGGCAAUGCCCAAAGCCCCAAAGGCUCUGUGUCCUUGAGUGAGCACAGCCAGGUCUGGCCAAGCAUAAAGCAAGUGCAAACUCCGGAGCCUUGUCAGAGGAAGUCGUGUUCAAGGUGUGGCGCUGGGAUGAGAGGAGCUUCCAGAGAGCAGGGAGGAAAACCGAUCCACUCAGAAAGCCAUGCCCUCAGAAAGAGAACUCAGUCCCGGCACUGUCCCAUGGCAGUGGGAGGGUGAGGCCAGAGUGUCCCAGCUUCCUUCCUCCCCUGGAAGUGCCAGGCAAAGUCAGGGGUUUUUGACCAUCAUGGGACCUUCAGCUAGAUAGAAAUGGUCCUCUUGCCUAAACCCAGGUGCUAAAUGAACAACAAGUCAUGGCAGUCCCUACUGAGAACACUUUCCAGUGGGAGACACUUGCCUAAGGACACCACCCGACAGAGUGGGGGAUGGGGAGGGAACACGUGGAGGAACCAUGGUACAGGAGACAAACUCCUGGCCCAGCCCACCAGCCCAGGAAGGAAGCUCGUCAUUCCUUCAACCUCUUUUGAUUUUGGCCGAGCCAGGCCUCACACUCAGAGCUUACAGGGCUGUGCCUUUCAGGUCAUCUGGGAGACCCAAGCUCAUCAUGGAAUGGAGGGGAGGGAAAGCCCGGUGUGUAUUAACUCAUGCAGCAGUUGGCUGUUAGCCAGUAAUGUUAAUAACCCAAAAUUGCUGAAUUCUCUGUUUGUCUGUUACGGAAAUAAAACCUUCGGGGGAUGGACCAAACAUCUCUGGAAAUUACUUGAAGCUGGUGGAUAGCUAAAUAUAUUGUGCCUUGGACCCUGUAAUUAAACUGUAUAGUUUGUUUGUAAAGCUUGGUCUUGGGGAGUCCCACCUAGUAAACACUGUGGGAACUCCCUGAAGCUCUAGAGCUAGCGAGGUUGUACAUGUUCUCGAGUGGGAAUUCACAGCUGAUGGCCAUCACAUCCUGAUAUUCUUCAUGGCUGUGUGGAAACUGAGUUGUAUACCCAGAGUUACCCUGUUAAAUGAGGGUCCUUAGGGGGUCCCUAGGUAGAAAGUCCUGAUUUACUGGGUUUGCUAAUUUCCAUGGUAUAAAUAUUGUCGCUGUGCUGAUCCCAAGCUGUGAAUAUGCUGCCCCCAGACCCGGAAGAGCUGUGCACAAAGCUCUGAGGGCCCCGGUGGUCAGUGUCCGCACUGCACAGGGCCUGCUGAGCUUCCUUGACUGUCAUUUGAGACUGUGCCUUGGGGAUCCUUAUUUGAGCCUGGUUUGUGCUGAUCGAGACAUCCAGGAGCUCUAGACACACUGCCCUGUCCCUAACACCUGCAAAGAAUGGGCAAGGCCCCUGAAAGAUGACCUGGUGGCUCCCAGCAAGGAGCACCCCUCUUUCUUGGCUCCUGACAUCGCUGAAAGCUUGGAUACUGUUGAAAGCCCUUAUGCAGGGGAGAGAACAGGAACAUCAGAAGACAUGGACAGAGGGGCUUGGCUACCACUUCCCGCCUUUCUGGUUGUAGACAUCAUCUGGAGAGCAGAAAAGGCAGACUCCACCAGCCCCAUGGAGACUCCCGGAAACAGCUUACAGGAUGUCUUAAGGAGUCCAAGUGCUUCCCUCACAGGCUGGGACAUGAAGGCAGAUAAAUGCUGUCCAGUUUCUGUGGUCACUUCUGUGUGCGCUUCCCCCUCCCUUCUACCGCCCCGCAGCUCUCCUGUGCUUUCCCUCCUCAUUCAGACCCAUUUGCUGCAUGCUCUUGGAGGCUGAGCGGCAGCCUCCUGUUCUGACUGUGGCCACUGAACCUCACCCCUCCUCCUUGCUCCAUUGCGUUCCUGACUUCCUGGCACGACAGUCUAGGUCGUCUCCCCCUUGAGGCUUUGCCACUCACGUGAACUUGAUACAAGCACCACACUCACCAACUCUCUUGUCGUGGAUUGGAUCUCUCCAUUUUCUUAUUUUGUCUGAGUUAGUUAUUCACUGACACCAGUUAUAUUCCGAGGAUCCCAUAGGUUUCCAUGAGAGCGGGUGGGAUUGUUGGAGAGAGAAGUGUCCCCAGCAGCAUCAUGCAGGUUUGUGACACAGUGAAGUUGUAAAAAGAUUCUGUAGGCCUCAGAAGGAUCACAGGCUCUAGCAUUUACGAAACCCAGUGUAACUGAUUCACAAGACACUGACUCCAGAGAAGGUGAGGCAUCUGCUCCUGGCUCUCACUGCAAUUGUGCUGGCAGCCACCCUUCCCUGCCCAGUGUUCAGGAAGCGUCCUGUCAUGAGGAACAAUGUUGUGAUGGAGGCUGUGAGGACAGAUAGGGGUGGGCAGAGGGUCAGGAAAAUCAUGCAGGAGGCUGCUGUGAGUCCCACUGUUGGAGUAGUAGAACUUUAUCUGCUGGACAUCAAGUUAGUUUCCUCACCUGCAAAUGUCAGGGAGAGGCUGACAGGAUGUUGCUUUGCGAGGUCACCCUGGGGAGGUGUGCAGUACCUGGUGGGUCAGCAAGGACAGAUGCGGGAGGGCAAGGUGGGGGCGGGACCCUGUCUGUGGAGUUAGUAUUUCAUUGUAGAGUUUGAGACAGGUGUUCAUCAUGUCAAGACUCAUCUGGCAGGAAGAUUCUGGAGACGUGUGGCACAAAUAGGACACCUGGAGGCACAGACCAGAAAGGGCCCAGAAACGGUGGGUUCAGCCUACAGAUCCACAGCCAUAUUGCAGGGCAGUGGUGGUCACAGGGGAAGCGGGGGGACACAGCUGUCAUACAGGACAGUCAGAUUCCCAUCCUGGGCACAAUGCUUUGAGCGCCCAGGGUCGGCUCAGAGGAGAGGAGAGCCAUGCUCUCAAGCAGCCUCACUAGGGCUGCAUGGGGCGCACACUUGCUUGAGGCCCUAACAGUGCUUAGGGCCCUAACCAGCUCUGCACAUGUGGGCUGUGGGAUGUGCUCAGGUUCCCAGCACACAGAUGGCACAAACUAUUCCACUCCACUGAUAAGCGAGGAGGCUUCCUUUGCGCAGCCUUCUAGACACUGAUAAGAGAGCAGGCUAUUUUAUUCAGUCAUACCUUAGAGACAGUGUCUUGCAGGUGAGAGAGGCAAGGUUUGGGUCCCUACUCAGAGUCACACAGCUGUCUGUAAGACCUGAGGUUCUGACAGCUGUGCAUGCUCUUCUCUUUUGCCUCCAUCUCCUGCUAACUCCCAGUGAACCCCAACUUCCUGGCACCAGUGGCAAGGCUGGCAGUGCCUUGUGGCAGGGAUGGCUGGUCCCUGCUGUGCUGUCCCUUCCCUGUGGCAUGGCCAAUUUCUCUGCAGGCCAUGUGACCAGGGGUGGCUACUAAGGAAUUACAGGUGCUUGUAGGGAAAGGCCAUGACUCAGCCUUUCCAUGCAGAACUGUCGAAGCCAGGAGGGUAAGACCAGAGGUCAGAGGCCACCACUUCAGAAGGGACUCUGUGAUGAUAAAACCAUCAUUCUCAAUCCUUUUUCCUUGUAUGAUGAAUCCUGAUCCCUGGGUUUUGUACUAUUACUCAUCCAUCCUAAUAAACAAUGGCUCUAUUUAUACUGAUUUAAUUUGGAGACAUAUAGCUUUAUUGUACAAGUUUUAUAAAAGAAAUAAGUGAGCUUCACAUGUUGGCAUUGCCCCAGAACUCCUACCUAGUGAGAAGCAAGUGCGGUUGUACCUAGUGCCUGAGCCUCUGGCUGUCUUGCCUUCCAUGUGGCCUUGCUGUCCUCCAGGGCUCGGGUGCUGCCACCUGGCCUGGUUGUGGUCCGAUCAGAGCUCAGUGACUCAUGGCACUGUGGAUCUUGCGGUCCUGUUUUUGAGCUGACCACAUCCUUCAGCUGGACUCUUCUUUCCCAAACAGUUUCCCAACACCAGGGGGGCAGCGCCCAAGUAUUCAGAAUGCAGCUUUUUUGGGAAAUGGAGCAACUUCCCUUUGAGCUGGACCCACUCCAGUGCAGAAAGCGAGGAGUGUCCCAAACUGCUAUUUGCUGGGUGAAUGUCUCUUUCCUACCCAUUAAAAAAAAAAAACCAGGUUCACUGUGCUUUGUGUUGGUCGUAUGUAUUAUUUAGGUUAUGUAGGCUGAAGUAACACACCCACUCGAACUGACCAGUGUUUACACCACAUAGUCAAAAUCUGUGCCUCAGCUCAGCUGACUAACUGUGGGUUUGCUGAGCACCCCCUCUCCAUGCAGCCACUGAAACAUCUAGGAUGACAGAGACCUGCCAUCCCAGAACAGGGUCCAACACCUCCAUUGUCCGUCCUUCUCAGCCAAGUGGGGAGGGGAGACUAUGAAGAACACCCAGGGAGGCUUCUGUGGGCCACACCAGAAGUGCAGGGCACGUCUGAUUUCCCGUCACCUGGUGGGGAGUUCCACGUGCAAAGGAGGAGGCACGGUAGCCCCCUGACACCCAAGGAGCAGACAGACUUUGGUGCAUGACGCACUCUUUUCACUGCUUUCCGCUCUGGUAAGUGAUAGUCUGCUCGAGCACAUUUAACUGCCCUUUUCGGUUUGCUUCCUUCUGUAUUUUCCAGGACUCUAUUUAAAAGUAUUUAUAAUUUUGUGCUUUAUUGUAUUUAUUCUUGAAGUCUUCUAUAGAAGGAUUCAGGAAGGAAAGGAAGUAAGUGAUACAAACAAUAAACUGAGCAAUAGGGUAGAAGAAACAGCAUGUAGAGUUACCGUGCUCCCUCUGUCCACUGGUUUGAGGGAAAAUGGACCGACAGCAGCCUGCUUUCAUUUUUAAAAAAGGCUUACGUUUGGGCCACAUUCAUCAACAGUGCGUGGGUCUCAGGUCCCGCCUCGGGGGCUGCUCCCGUCAGACAGGCCUUCUGUGAUGGGAGAGGUGACCUGAGCCCUUCUGUGACUGGGCACAUUGGAGGACAGAAGAGACUGAAGAAAGUGGCAUCUGUGCGCAUCUGGAACUCCCGUUUUGGAUUUUCUUCCAGGAAGACAGAGAAAGUAGGAGUCACUGCUUCUAUAAACAUUUCGUGUCAGUCUACUGACAUGACAGUCUACAUUAAAAUCCCUUUAGUUCUUAUUCACCUUAAGACUUGAAUAAAGACUUGACUUAAUUUCAAAAUCAACCCUGCUAAAUUAUUAAAAAUUCAAAAAAUGGGAUAAUAGGUGAUAUUUGAAAAAGUAAGUGGAAACUUUGUUAUGAUUGAAUGGUCUCAAGAUUUAUUCCACAAAUGAGGAAAGCUAGGCUGAAGGAUUGGGGAGGACAGGAGCACUGACCUAAGAGCAAGCGCUGGUUUCCACACAGCAGCGCCUGCCCAGCGUCCCAGGAAGGCUGGCGGUGAGGCUGGCAGGGGUGUGUCAGUGCUGCUCUCUCCCCUGAGACCCAGCCAACUCUUGCAUAGUACGGAGUCACAUUCCUGACUUCUGGGGAAGAACACUCCUGUACUUCCAAUAUGAAAAAGUUUGUGUGUGACAGAAAUAUUCUCCUUUUCUUCCAAAUGUCAAAAGAAGCAAAUGAAGGAAAAUACCACUUUUGUAAAACUGGAGACAGAUUUAGGAUGUAGGUUUCACAAAAUGAGACCCCUGCGAAGGUAUCAGUUCAGAAGCUGCAGGGGAGGUGGGUAGAAAGGCUGCCGUGUCCGGCAGAUGUCUCUCCUGUGGGCUCCAGACACACAGCCAAACACACGUCUUUUGCCCAUAUCGAGGGCUGGCGGAACUGGGAAUACAGGGUGGAGACUGAGUGGAAACAAGAGGAGUGGGAGACGGAAGGCAAGAAAAUCACCGCGAGUAGCAAGCAAUGGCAAAUCUCAGAAAACAAAAACUACAAGAAUUGACAGUCCUGACUGUCCAACCAGUUCAAACGCCAAGAAAAAAUUGAAAAUAGUUAACCUAGUAUCCUUGGAAAGAUAGAUUUUAAAAGUUAGCAAAAAUUUAUCAGAUAAAAAAUAUCAGCAAAACUUGCAAUGCAAUAUGUGAAUAUUGCAAUUUGAUAUUUGCCAGGAGACAGAAAACUCUCUAAGACCUAAGGGAGGAAAUAGAAGUGAGCUGUCCAAAAGAAACACAAGAAAUUAAAGGCAGCAAUUCAGUGCAGAGCAAUCCCGUAAGAUCCUCAUUUUUCUUCUCAUUAGUAAAUUCCAUCAGUCAGUGUUUGUCAGGGUUCUCACCCGAGGAGGGAGGAUGAGUUAUAGGCCUGCUAGGAGCCCCUCUGUCUGGUAGAGCUUCGGGGAAAGAAAUGCAUAAAAAAAUAAACAACAAACUGAAAAACUUACAAAGAUGGAGAGCACACAUAUUUCAUAGCAGAAGAAAAAUCAGUUAUAUUUGUGAUAUUACUAAAUGUAAAUAGGCUCAAAUAAUCUAGUAAGAGAAAAGAUGUUCCAGUUAGGCCACAGAGCAAGUUGAAAAGAAGAAAAACAUCUAAAUCAGUGUUUCAAAUAGGCUGAAGAUAGAAUAAUGUUCCACUUCAGGGAAAGAAGGAAAAAGAUCACAAUGUUUAUAUCAAAUAAGAUUAUUAAUGCCAACACAUGCAAAAAGAGACUGCUUUUUUAUUUUAAACAGAAUAAAACAAAGCAGAACAAAGCAGAUCAGAGUAAAACAAUGCAAAUAACACAAAAUUUCAGAACAAGACAACAGGAAGUCAACAGUGGCUACCAUAAUGUCUCUUGUUCUCUUCGAAAUAGUUGUCCACGGCGACUUCUGGGAGAACAUGGCGGACAGAUAACAGCAACUACCGGAGGCUCUCUGAAAAACUAGGCUCAGAAGCCAGGUAUGGUGCGGACUAAAGAGACAUAAGCAGGUGGAGUUAUGCUCUGCUGACUCAGGAACGAACUCAGCUGAGAGAAACCAACUUGGAAUGCAGUCCUGGUGCUAAAACAGGAACAGAAAAGUCUUGCUGCUGAGGCUGGACCCUGCACCAUUGGAAGCCUCGAUUUGGGUUUCCCGCCGCGCAGUGGCUGGCUGCCUCUACAUCAGCUCGGCAAGGAGAGAGACGCGCGGAAACUCUGAGAACGGGAGUCUGCGAACGGAGUCGAAAACAGGUCGGGCAGGGAGGCAUGUUCUGACUUGUGGCGAGGUGAGUGAGAGAAACUGACACUCCACCACAGUUUGACUCCAGCGGACUUUCUGGGCCCAAGCAGUCCUGCGGGAACAGGGCGCGCUGGUGACUCCAGACACAUUCCCCUCUCGGGCGGGGUUGGUGAAAAGUGCCUGGCCUGCGAGACACUGCCGGCGGACCCCGUAGGCUGGCCCAACCCAGAUCGCAGAGCCUGACGGAGGCCGGGAGGGGCGGGCCCCACAUAGGCUGCCUGGUGCGCAGCAAUGAGUGGGAACACCUAACCGGCGCAAUUCGAUCAGGCUGUGGCUGACAGGGAGAGAAGCUGGGCCUCUCAUAUAAGCUUGCAUAUAUAAGGAACAGAGAAUAUGGGAAGAGGCAGCAACAAGAAAGGCUCCUCGGCCCCCAAUUCUGAGAAACAGGCAAUAGCGGACACCGCACCAAUACACAUAAAGCACCAUAUAGAGAGCCUCAUAGACCAAUUCAGGAAUGAAGUUAUCAACGACCUGAAGCUAGAAGUAUGCAAAAUAGUUAGAGAAAUGCUAAGCCCCACCCAAGAAAAAACAGAUGGUGGAAUGGAAGAACAGAAAAAGAGGGGAGAAUUGUUUGAUGGAGAAAACAGGGAAAGCAUAGAAUACGUGAAGCAGGUUCAAAGGGACAACCAAGAAACUAAGAAGUCUAUCGAAGACUGGCAUAACAGCUUGAAAGAAACUAAGGACAGACUAUCUGAACUGGAGGGCAGAAUUGUAAUAUGGGAGAAUGAAAUGAAAAACUUCUUAAAAAUAACAAAGAAACAAACAGCAAUAAUACAAAGACAAGAAGAUGAUAAGAGGAUCCAUAACUUAAGGAUUAAGAACAUAAAAGAAGAAGUAGGGACACAAACAAAUGAACUACAAAAGCUACUCACAGAAAUAAUCCAGGAGAAUUUUCCUAAUUUAGCAAAAGGUAAAGAUACUCAGAUGUAUGAGGCAUACAGGACCCCAGCUACCUACAACCCAAACAGAGCAACACCCAGGCAUAUAAUAAUAAAAAUUCCAGAAAUUCAAUACAAGAACAGAAUAUUAAAAGCUGUCAGAGACAAGAAACAGACCACUUACAAGGGAGCACCCAUCAGAAUUACAGCAGAUUUCUCUGCACAAACCAUCAAAUCACGAAGAGCGUGGGGGGAAAUAAUUCAAGCUUUGAAAGAUAAUAAUCUCCAGCCAAGAUUGAGAUAUCCUGCACAACUGUCCAUGGAAAUUGAUGGGAAAACAAGGUGCUUCCAGGAUAAAGAGGAACUGGGGGAAUUUGCAACCACCAAUUCAACUCUACAGAGAGUAUUGCAGGAUAUUCUAAAAAAAGAAAAAUACAAAGAAUCCAGAAAUAGUGGAGGCCACAACUAAUGGAGCAGAGAACAAAGUGAAGAAGACAAACUGACAGCUACUGACAGAAUAAGAGCUCAACAGAAAUGAGGCAGAGAAGAUUGGAUGAUAGGAACAGCUAUUUUGGAGAAAAUGACAUCUUAAUAGGUAAUACUGAUUUAGUAUCAUCUUGUUUUGAAGUCUCAUCUAGCUUUUGUCCUUCUGUCUCCAAUGGUCUAAAUAGGUUGUAUCUUACUGGAUUUUAUUAUGUACGACAGUAUAAGCAAAAACCUUUUAAAGACAAGGAGAUUACACAGAAACCAUUGUUCAUUUUCUGUUAGUCGAUUCUAAAUACUCUGUAAUGCUGUCAUUCUCUUAAAUGGUUUUACAUUGUUUUGAUAUACUUAAUGCUACAGUAUACGAAGUUGUACUCAAGGAUUUCAAGGAAAGAGACAAUAUGGUAACUACUUUUAGGUCAGGAUUAUCUGGUGGUGAAACACUAUUCUGCUUAAAUGGUUAUGUUUUGAUCUGUGCUGUUUCGUUGUUAUGCGCUCUUUUAUCUCAAUGUCCACUCCAUUAUUUACUUUUUUAAUACUUUUUAAAAAUUUUUUAUCCUUUUAAUUAAAGGAAAAAAAUAGCAGGAUAUAUUAUAGUAACCCACUUUGACUUUCCAUUACCUCGAUUUAAAGCCCUGUAUUACUCUCACCAUCUGGUUUUUGUCUGAUGUUCCCCUAUUCUGUUUUGCUGGAUAGUAUCAGGUUUGAAAAUUUAGGCAUCAGCUGUGAAGAUAAUGAGAUUCAUUAUAACGCCCAUUCUCGUUGACUUUUAUCUACUUUUGAAGACCUACAAUGUCUCCAAUGGUUUGGCUUUGUUGGUUUUGUUCUUUACUGUUUUGUUCAAUUGUAUUAUAAACUAAUGGUAUAGGCAAUUCUAUUAGAGAUAGCAGGAGGCAUUAUGGUAACCAUUGUUGAUCACCUUGUAAUAUGUUUUCACAUUAUCUAUUAUGUCCACCCUUUUGACUUGACCGAUUCUGUUCUGUUAUGUCACAUUUGGUUUUACUCUCUUCCAAAAAAGUAAUAAGAACCGUGAGAGCAAUGAAACCCAAAAUGUGUAAUAGUCAUUGUACAAAAGAGAGGAAAAGAAAGUGCUCUAAACUAUAUAACAGCAUGUAUAUUUAAGUGUAUAAGAUAGAAUAUGAUAUCACAGAGUUUUAUUGGAUCAUUGAACAGAACUGUUUGCAGUAUCAUUGAUGGAAUGUCCACUUUACAAGCUUUAAUUUUGUGACUUGAACAAUUAUUUCUAAGAUGACAGUAUGUAAUCCAUUAACUAGUGAUUUCCUACUGUUCAUUUUUUUCUGCAAAUCUGUAUAACUUGUACCCUUUCUCUGCUUUUUUUUUCUUUUCUCCUUAAAUAAAAUUUAAAAAAAAAAAAGGAAAAAAAAAAAAGAAAUAGUUGUCCACACCUACACACACAAUAAGUUAAUACAAAUCAAAAUAGUAUAAAAGCAAUUAAAACAAAAGAAUGAGAGCUUUAUGGGCCUUCAAUACCAGACACUAGGAAAUCGAUUAUGGCUACCAUAAUGUCUCUUGUUUUCUUCAAAAUAGCUGUCCAUACCUUCAUACAUAUUGAAAUCAAAUAAUUGAAACAGACUAAAAUCAAUCAAAGCCAAGAAUAAAAGCAUUAUUGGACUUCAAAACAAAAGGCUACGUUGUUAUUGCUUUGGUGGAAUUUAUGAGAUGAGGGAAAUAACAAAAAUGAAGGACACAAAGCAACCAUAACAAAGAUCGCUUUCCUCAACUCUGAGGAAACACUUCAAAAAUCUGGGCAGAAGAAAAAUAUUUUUAGGGCUGGGGAUUUAGCUCAGUGGCAUAAGUACCUGCCUGGCAAGCAUGAGGUCAUGAGUUCAAUCCCUAGUACAAAAAAAAAAAGAAAAUUAGAAAAAUGUAAGUUAUAAAAACUGAUCUCAAAAGAGUAAGGAACAUGACCACAGUUUUAAGCGAAUAAAUGAAGCUACCACAGAGCUAGCCCUGGAGCAUGCAUGUCACCAAGCUGGCAUGCUUUUGACUGUAUACUUCUAUGAAAUCUUUCCAGGUAAUUCACGUGUGCUAGGUUUAAGUGAAAAUAAAUUCUUCUGAAUAUUAUUUCUAGAAUUUAUAGUAUGGAUUUUAAAACCUGAAAAGUUUUUCAUAAAUUCACCACCACAUAGAUAUCUUCAACUGACUCAUAUCCAAGCAGAAGUUGUUAUUUUUCUCAGUAUUUUCUCUUGCAUUUACAAACUAGAAAUGUGCAAUCCCCUUUCAAUUUGGAGAGCUGAUUGGUUGCUCAGGCCUCUGAGAUCUACCUCCCCACGUGUCUCGACUCCAUCAUUUCUUCUCUCUCUAGAGAGUCCUAUCAGGUAUUGCAGGAGGAAGUAUGCAAAAUAUUGUUUGAGAAACACAGUUCUGGUGAUAAAUAUUUGUGCAAUGGCCAACUUUUCACUAUCUGCUUAACCUUUACAAUGCUUCUUUGUAAGUUUUCUACCAGAAAGGAAGGAUGCCUUCGGGUCAACUUUUUUCUCAAGGUGCUUAUGGAUGUUGAGGGAGAGAAAAUGUAUGGACUCCUGCUGAUAACUUAAAACUUUGUGUCUAAAUGUGAUUUGGAAGGGAAGAGCAGAAAGAAGAAGAUGUUAGCAGAUUAACAUGGUGAUAUAUAUGAGUCCCUGAAUAAAAGAGGGCUCAUUAACAGAUGAUUAAUAAAAUCACACAGCUGAA